AAAAAAUGGUCUUUUCGCAUUGGUCACUCAACAGUUUAUAACAUUAUCCCAGAAACAUAUGAAGCAAUUAUAACAGUUCUUCACCCACUAUACCUACCACCCAUGACAAGAGAGAAUUGGCGUAAUGUAGCUGAUGGAUUUUACAAACAGUGGGACUUCCCUAACUGUAUAGGUGCAUUUGACGGGAAGCACAUCAGAAUUCAAGCUCCAAAAAAUUCAGAGCGUGAUGAAGCUUUCCCGCUUAAAACUUAUUUACUGAGACCUUAUUCGAAGCCAAAGAAACGCUAUCAACAAAAUCAAGCUUCUGCUGCAGAAAUAUCAGCAACUCUUGAAACAGAUGAGAACAUAAAUAAUAACUAUGAAACGACAGAAAACAUGCACCAACAUAAUAUAAGUGAAUUCCCUGGUCUCACUAGUCUUUCGCUAUCACAGAGAGUUUUUAAUUACAGACUCUCCAGAGUUCGGAGAGUCAUUGAAAAUGCUUUUGGUAUUCUUGUUUCCAAAUGGGCCAUUCUAAAAGGUACUCUCUGUUGUAAGGUAGAUAAUGCGGUGUCAAUAGUCAUGACUAUUAUUUGCCUAUACAAUUUUCUUCUGGAAAGUGAGAUUGACAUAUCGCCCCUACAACGUUUAUAUCAAAAUGUAGGACUUGUUGACAGAGAUGGAUCAUAUGGCGAGUCAUUGCAAAAUUGAGCGUGGAGAUCUCAAGUUGUACACGAAGGUAUAUUGCAACAAGUUGGUAGACUUGGAGGAAACAAUUCUAGACGGGCAGCUAUUGCUCAAAGAGAUGAAUUAAGGGACUAUUUUCUUACUGAAGACGGUGAAGUGUCUUGGCAAUAUGAUUGUGCACUAAAUAAUGUUCCAAUUAUUAAAAGUCCUUGAUAAUUGUAAUCUCUUCUACAUAUUAUACAGAUUUAUAAACAUAAUAUAAAUAUGAUAUUUAGCAAUGUUUCUCAAUUGUUAUAUCAAUUGUAUAAUCUUCAUGUGCGUAACAAUUAAGGUGCUCAUUAUAAUAAUGUUUCGAAACAUGAGAUAUAAUAUUGUUGUGUCCGGGAUGGUGUGCCACCCGGGUACACCGUGCGGUGUCGAUCGGCGGAAGGAGCGGCAGAUCGUCGGCUCGGGAGAAGACGCGCGUUGCUAAGAGAAAGAAUAACAAGAUAGAAGAAUCGACUUGAAGCUGAACCAUGGUGAUAGCUGGACGCGUCGCGAGCUUACUGAUAAUUAUUUGACGAAUUCCGUUAUCGAGCAUUGUAGUCGAGCGCAGUUGCAAUAAAGUUGUUCUUUCUUUCGUACGCACGAGUUUCAUUUACGCGAGAACGCGAGAGAGUGACAGUGAGUGCGCAUUACGAGUGCGUGCCGAGUGGAAUACACACCCGGACGCAACAAUAUGUUAAGUAACAUAAAAUG